AUGUAUCGCUCUAAUCAUAAUUUGUGCUCUAAUUGUAUCAAAGUUUCCAACUUGCUUCAUAAUGAACAACAUCAUUUGAAUCCCGUGGAAGCUAAAGAUAUUUCAACAGAUAUCUCCACUCCCAACUACAAAAGAGGAAUUAUUGGUCCUGAAGAUGUUCGUAAUAACAUUGCUCGCUUUGGAGAUCUCACAGUCGACACCCGAUUGCCCAUUAAUUCACUUAGAAUAUUCUCAAGACAAGAAAGGUUAUAA